AAACAGGUCGAACAUGAUGAGGAGUAUAGGAGGGAUUUAAUAAGUGAAUUGCCUGAUGAUGUUCUUAUCAGAAUCUUGUCUUUUCUCAAUCCCGAAGAUGCAGUACUGAAAACCAGAUUUCUUUCUCACAGAUGGAAACAACUCUGGGAAUUUUGGCCUGCUGUUUUUAGUUUCGAUGGCCUAAUAACGGUAGAUCACGGUAGAGAUUAUGCCAAAUGUGAUGACAUUGAUGAACCUGUUGAUGAUAAGUUUAUGGAGAAUCUUGAAAGGAAGAGGAUUGAAUUUGUAAAAUGGGUCAGUAAUGUUUUAAUUUCUCAUCAAGGUUCAACCUUUGAUGAACUUAGAGUCCGAUUCGACUUGAUCAAGGAUUCACGGCGUGACAUCGAUAAAUGGAUCGAGAUCGCAAUGAGAAAGAAGGUCAAAAGGCUGGAACUGGAUAUCCGACCAUUACUGGAUUGGAAUUUUAGAACAUAUUACGCUUUUCCACAAGAAUGUUUCCAUGGGAUUGAAUUCCUUGAUAGUCUUUGUUUGAAACAUGUGGAAGUAACCGAUAAGACAAUGGAGUCGAUUCUGUCGAAUUGUCCGAUGCUCGAAAGCCUCCGUCUCGGAAACAUAAAUCUGCUCAGACAUCCUAAAGUUUCAGGUUCAUCACUGAGGUUGAAACACUUACACAUAUCUGAAUGUCAAUCUGUGGAAAGCAUUGAAGUGUCUGCACCAAAUCUUGUUUCAUUUGAAUACCAUGAAGAACGAUUAGUAACAUUGGAUAUAAGGCAUGCACCCAAAUUCACUGAGCUCUAUUACUAUAAACGACCGAGCUCUAAAAUUGCAGACAUUGUUUCUCAGCUAUCCAAUUAUCUUCCUCAAUUGCAGAUUCUGAGAUUGAAUAUUUCAUCAAAGGAUGAUUUAUCGAUGUUUCCGAAAUGUACUAAUCUUCGGUACUUGAACUGUCAAGUUAAAAUAAAAUCUGAAGAUAGACUUACCAAUUUGAGAACUUUGAUAGAGGCAUCACCUUACUUGUGCGAGCUUAAACUAGAGAUUACAAAUUUCAAUCAUUACCGUAAGAACAAGAGCAGUUUAGGCAAGGUAGAUGAGGUGGAGUUGCGCCCGAAUCAGUACAUGAAGAAGGUGGAAAUAGUUGGAUUCUUGGGAGAAAUGGAGGAAGCUGAAUUUGUUACUUAUUUGGUUAAAAGUGCCAUUAAUCUUGAGAAGAUUAUACUCCAUUCCGAUGUCUGUUCUUUACAAAUAAUAUAUUCGGAGGAGUUUGCUGAAGCUACGAAACAAAUGGCACAGAACUUUGCUCGUCAGCUCUUGAAAAAUCGCCCUGGAGUUGAAUUAGUUCUACUCUAA